AACAAUUUCGUAUCAGAGGCUCAUCCCUUGAGGAACAAGGUUUAAUAUUCCAACACGUCUCCCUCCCAUCCUUCUUCCCACAAUGCUCCGAAACUUAGCCUUACCCUCUUCUUCAACCCUUCCUCCUCUGCAACUUCUCGUCUCCUUUUCCCUCCCAAAACCCUCUCCCAAUUUCUCCAAACCCUUCUUCUCCCAAUCCAAUUUCACAAUCAAACCCAUUUCCCCCUUCCCCAAAACCCUCAGACCCGUUUCUUCCAAAGGGCCCUCCAUGAAUCUCUGGACCAAGCUCGGAUUCGGCUCCAGAGCCUCCGAGGCCUCCGCGGAGUCUUCGGCGAUUGCGCAGGGUCCCGACGACGAUAUUCCGGCGCCGGGCCAGCAGUUCGCCCAAUUUGGGGCUGGCUGUUUUUGGGGCGUCGAAUUGGUGUUUCAAAGAGUGCCGGGUGUCACCAAAACGGAGGUCGGUUACUCUCAAGGACAUCUUCAUAAUCCGACUUAUGAGGAUAUUUGUACAGGGCAGACUUAUCACUCUGAGGUUGUUAGGGUUCAGUAUGAUCCUAAAGAGUGUAGUUAUGAGUCUCUGCUUGAUGCGUUUUGGGCUCGACAUGAUCCCACUACUCUUAAUCGGCAGGGAAAUGAUGUGGGAACACAAUACAGAUCUGGCAUAUACUUCUACACUCCUGAACAAGAGAAAGCUGCUCUGGAAUCAAUGGAACGCUACCAGAAGUCAUUGAACAGGAAGAUUGUGACUGAGAUUCUUCCUGCCAAGAAGUUCUACCGAGCCGAGGAAUAUCAUCAGCAAUAUCUUGCGAAAGGGGGCCGAUUCGGCUUCAAGCAAUCGGCUGCUAAAGGCUGCAACGACCCGAUCCGAUGCUAUGGUUAGUUAUGUUGGUCUUGGCAGAGGGAAUAUUUAGUUUCCAGCUCCAACAUUAUGGUAUCUGCAAGCUCUAUCCCACAUGCUUGUCAUAAGAAUCUUGAACGUAUGUAUGUAUCUGUAAUUGGUUUCGCUUUAAUAAUAAACCAAUUUGUAGUUGCAAUGAAUGCUUUCCCUCAA